AUGCAAUGGUUUUUUGUGCAGAAGCCGACAGCUGCAGCGUACCGCCGACUUCACGCUAGCGCCGCCGGAUGCCUGUCAGCCGCUGAGGGCCACCGGCCGCUGGGGCAGCCGGAGGCAGAGACCGCGGAGAAAAGCACCGCAGCGGUUGCUCUCUUCCUGCCUCACGGGGACGACGUCGACGGGGAAUACGUGCGGCUGCUGGUCUCUGGGCUCGUGGAGGAACCGGGCGAGAAACCGGGCGACGAGCCGGGCUUCCUGCUGUUAUUCUUGUCUAUGGUGCAAAUUGGGGGGCAGAAGCACCGCCGAACUGAGCCCAACAGCUGGCCGGCUCUGCUGGCAUGCAAACAGGGGGGCGGAUCAGCCCCCAUGCGGUGGGUGAAUUUUAGGCUGCCGCAUCCGGAGCGCCUCUCGUCCCCCACCUCCUUUUCCUCCACCACCUCCUCCUCCUCCUCCCCAGUCUCGGCCAAAUCCAUGCGGUUUAUUUGGAACAACAUUUUCAGCAAAGGAUCGCAUAUGCUGCAGUGUCUUUGUGGCAGGAGCCUCAAGAAAAACAAGAACCCAACUGAACCACAGCUGAAGGGCAUAGUGACCAGGUUGUUCUGCAGGCAGGGCUUCUAUCUCCAGAUGGGCCAGGAUGGAAGUAUGGAUGGGACCAAAGACGACAGCACCAACUCCUCUCUGUUUAACUUAAUUCCUGUGGGUCUGAGAGUUGUGGCCAUCCAAUCAGUCAAGACUGGCCUCUACAUCGCCAUGAAUGGAGAGGGUCACCUCUACUCCUCGGAACUGUUUACAGCGGAGUGUAAGUUUAAGGAGUCGGUGUUUGAGAACUACUAUGUGAUCUACAGCUCGAUGCUCUACAGACAGAAGGAGUCGGGUCGAGCCUGGUUUCUGGGCCUCAAUAAAGAAGGACAGGCCAUGAAGGGCAACAGGGUCAAAAAGACUAAACCAGCUGCACACUUCCUGCCUAAACCUAUAGAAGUUGCGAUGUACCGAGAGCCUUCGUUGCAUGACGUAGGGGAGGCGGUGCCUAAACUCGCCGGGGGCCCGCCUUCCAAAAGCACAACCAGCGAACCAGUGGUCAUGAAUGGCGGCAAGCCAGUCAACAAACCCGACAAAGAAGAAACAUAA